AAGCUGGUGUUCAAAGAAGUUACAUCUAAAUUCCUGCGCAAACGUAUUGUGGAGGGAGGCAAAAGAAGUGAUGGGCGAACCCCAUUUGAUAUACGCUUGAUUAACUCACAGUGUGGAUUACUUCCUAGAGCACAUGGAAGUGCUCUUUUCACGCGUGGGGAAACUCAGUCACUUGCAGUUGUUACACUUGGGGAUAAACAAAUGGCACAAAGAAUAGACAACCUUGAAGGUGCAGAUGAAUUUAAGAGAUUUUAUCUUCAGUACACAUUUCCUCCAUCAUGUGUUGGGGAAGUUGGGCAAAUGGGAGCACCCAGUAGAAGAGAAGUUGGUCAUGGAAUGCUUGCAAAGAGAGCUCUUGAACCUAUUUUUCCUUCUGAAGACGAUUUCCCUUACAUUAUACGUGUUGAGAGUACCAUCACUGAAAGCAAUGGCUCUUCGAGUAUUGUGUGUCAGUAUGGCCUCUGUUUGUGGUGGAUGCUUAGCCUUGCAAGAUGCUGGUGUCCCAGUGAAGUGCUCUAUUGCUGGUAUAGCAACGGGUUUGGUUUUGGACACUAAGGAAUUUGAGUGGGAUAGAACCCCACUUAUUCUUUCUGACAUAACUAGAUCUGAAGAUGCAUCUGGGGACAUGGAUUUUAAGGUUACUGGAAAUGAAGAUGGUAUAACCGCGUUUCAAAUGGACAUAAAGGUAGUAGGAAUUACUUUGCCAAUUAUGAAGCAGGCGCUCCUACAAGAAAAAUAUGGUUGAAAGCACAUUCUUGGUAAAAUACAUCAGUACCAUAAUUUAUGAUCAACAUUCAUGGGGACAACCUUGUGUGUAUAACACUUGGCUGAUGCUUGUUGGGCUGCUGCUGCUGCAGCAAUGUUGCUGUGAGGCAGCUACUACUAGAUGCUGGUCUGCUGCAAUGUUGUUGCUGCAAUGGUUUUGUCCCUGGCUCUGUUUUGGUAAGAGCCGGGAUCCAACUGCUGCAAUGUAGUUAAGGCUAUGGCUACAGCUGUUGAUGGGAUUCUAGUUCUAUAUUGGUCAAUCCUUUGCUUCAGCAAGUUUUAAUCAUUUAUUUUAUUUUUGUUGCUCCUUUGUGGGCUGGACAAUGAUCUUUAUAUUUGUAUUUUGUUAGGUUCCUUGGUUAGUUUUGUGUAGUGUUUGGGUUUUGUUUGUUUUAUUUAUGUUGUUGGUGAUGUAAGGCCUGGGGAAUGCCCAUUGUAAGCUU